AUGUCUCAAUCUAUCUGCCAAUUCAUCUUCUUCCGGGUCAAGCCGUCGGUCAAACCCGAAGAUCCGUCCAAUGAAGAAGGCUAUGCUUUCAUGGAGGUCCUCCGUGCGACCAAAUAUCACAGCGGCUUUCAAAGCUCCUCUUGGGGACGCACAGUCGAAGAUCCAAACACGAUCGUCUGGGUCGUAGACUGGAACGACGCCCACUGCUCAACAAAUACAACCCAACUAUCCCCCUUCCUCGAACCAUCGAACACCCAAGCCCCAACAUCAAUCUACGUAGACCUAAGCCCACCAGUCAAAUGCACAGCAACCCUAACCAAAAACCCAGUGACAGAGCUGUUCGCCCUCCCAGUUGCGAGCGAGAUCUCCGUGCUAGAAAGCAGACAGCUAAGCACGGAUAUGAUCAAUUUUCGCAGAGCGCUGGUUGAGCAGUUGCCCCAGCAGGCUGGACCGAAAUCGUGGGCUAUGGGUCAUGUUGACAGACCUGGUAAGCUGCCUCAUGCGAAGAGUCCGGAUGGAAAGGCUAUUUUGCAUUUCUUUGCUGUUGGGUGGGAUAGUGUCGACGCGCACGUGAGAGCGAAGGAGACGGAUAAUUUUGUCGAGGCCAUCCGGCCUCUGAGGGAGAAGAUGCUGUCUCCUAUUCCUGGGUUGGAGAUGAAACAUGUUAGUUUUCAGAUGGUUUAG